GGAAUCAUAUUGUACACCUCCAGGAACCAAGCUAAUUUGAGUCCAUGCAUCCAGGACGUGUCCGUUGAUGACCUGAUUGAGAUGGACAAAAACUAUCUGCAACGAAUUACACUUCGCAGGAGAAUCAUGAAGGAGCAUCCCGAGACAGUUCUAGCCGCUGAGAAAUGUGUCAAGUCGUCGACAGACGACUUUUACGUCUGGCUCGUCGGGGCUUAUCUUCCUACUCGGUCCCCUCGCAUGUUCACUUUGACUCAGGAAGAGAAAGAGAAGCCAUCAUCUAUCCACAACCUUGUCACAAAUGAGACAUUUUCCCUCUGUCCAGCAGAUAAUCCCCUUGAUACUCUUCGAAUCCUCAGUGGUCUCGUCGAGGACGACCUUCUCUUCUUACUGCCUUCCGAUGAUGGAGGCGGUUACAUGCUCAAAGGCUUUGUGAGCUGCUUUCCAAAUGGCUUCAACACUGCGACCAAAUUCAAUCUCGAGCUGCGAGAUAUCCAUACACCUAUUCCUCAGUAUAGGGAGAAACUCGAGAAAAGCAUGGACCGAUACUUCGAGAAGCUUAAAGCAGGCAAGUUCAUACAGCGCGCUAAUUGGACGAUAACAACCACCGACCAUCUAUUCACGGUAUCUGGCACCCACCUACCGAUGAGACCGCUUUCCCACCUCCGAUAUAAUUUCAUAACAUUAUUGUCCUUGGCCCGCGUUCGCUGCGAAAGACAAUCCCUGCAUCGCCUUCCCCAGAGCCGUGCAAUACUGUUUUCUUUCAAGACCUAUCUCUACAGCCUGCCGGAGAUCAAGGACGAAGGAUUCGGCGAGAUACUGGCUCAAGCCAUUGACGGACUCAAAGAGGGAAACGCACCAGCGUUCCUUUUCUAUAAGCGGGCAGUAGUCUCGGGGGGGUCUGCAAAAGCUUACCUUCGGAGUUAA